CCUGCCCGCCAGCGUACGGUCCCACCCACCGUCCACGCCCCCGCCCCGCCUGAAGUUGCCCUUCUCGUUUGAGCUGAGGGACGCGUCGGCCAGGCACCCCGGGGUGUGGCUAGAGGACUUCGGCGACGCCUGCCCCGAGAGUGGCCUCCCUCGCCAACCCGGAAAAGACAACCCCGCGGGGCUGCGGCGAGCCAGGCAUGCUCACUGGCGCAGGCCCGGCCCGCAGCCCGAGCAGGAAGCGCCGGCGCUAGGCGGCCCCCUGCGCUGCCAGCUGGAGCCGGGCGGAGCCAGCGCCCCGGCGCAGGGUGGCUCUGCCAGUCCCCGCGCGCCUGGGCGGCCGCACACGUGUCCAGGCGUCACGUCCGCGCGCGCCCCCGGGGCUUGCGUCAGCGGCCGCUCCAGAAGCGGGUGGGCCGGGGCUCCUUGCGCACCGCUGGGUUCGGGGCCCGGACGCCGCUGGGAGGAGGGCAUCGCGCGGGGUCCGACGCGGAGGCGUGCUUGGAACGCCGGGGGCUGCGGAGUGCAUCAGCGCGGUCCAGCCCUCCGCCUGCCGGGGGCCGAGCGUCUCUGCCGCCCAGACCUGGGCUGGGCGCCGUGGCGUUGCCUCGGAGCUCGCUGCCCGCGGGGCGCGCACCGCCUUGACCCGGGCGGCCCCGCGGCAGGCAGGCGCCCGCAGUUCCAUGGUUGGUUCGGAGCGCGAUGAGCCGCCCGUCCUCCACCGGCCCCAGCGCUAAUAAACCCUGCAGCAAGCAGCCGCCGCCGCAGCCCCAGCACACUCCGUCCCCGGCUGCGCCCCCGGCCGCCGCCACCAUCUCGGCUGCGGGCCCCGGCUCGUCCGCGGUGCCCGCCGCGGCGGCGGUGAUCUCGGGCCCCGGCGGCGGCGGCGGGGCCGGCCCGGUGUCCCCGCAGCACCACGAGCUGACCUCGCUCUUCGAGUGUCCGGUCUGCUUUGACUAUGUCCUGCCUCCUAUCCUGCAGUGCCAGGCCGGGCACCUGGUGUGUAACCAAUGCCGCCAGAAGUUGAGCUGCUGCCCGACGUGCAGGGGCGCCCUGACGCCCAGCAUCAGGAACCUGGCUAUGGAGAAGGUGGCCUCGGCAGUCCUGUUUCCCUGUAAGUAUGCCACCACGGGCUGUUCCCUGACCCUGCACCAUACGGAGAAACCAGAACAUGAAGACAUCUGUGAAUACCGUCCCUACUCCUGCCCUUGUCCUGGUGCCUCCUGCAAGUGGCAGGGGUCCCUGGAAGCUGUGAUGUCCCAUCUCAUGCAUGCCCACAAGAGCAUUACCACCCUCCAAGGAGAAGACAUCGUCUUUCUAGCUACAGACAUUAACUUGCCAGGGGCUGUCGACUGGGUGAUGAUGCAGUCAUGUUUUGGCCAUCACUUCAUGCUGGUGCUGGAGAAACAAGAGAAGUACGAAGGCCACCAGCAGUUUUUUGCCAUCGUCCUGCUCAUUGGCACCCGCAAGCAAGCUGAGAACUUUGCCUAUAGACUGGAGUUGAAUGGGAACCGGCGGAGAUUGACCUGGGAGGCCACACCCCGGUCGAUUCAUGACGGUGUGGCUGCAGCCAUCAUGAACAGCGACUGCCUUGUUUUCGACACAGCCAUAGCACAUCUUUUUGCAGAUAAUGGGAACCUUGGAAUCAAUGUGACUAUUUCUACAUGUUGUCCAUGAUGUGACUUUCGUAAACCAUCAAAAUUAUUUGGGCAUAGUGCUCUAUGUUUAAUAAAGGUUUUUAUAGAUGUUUUAUUCCAUAUGUCUUCACAAGUCAGGACCCACAAUUACCCGUGUUUUGUUUGAACAGCAGUUUCCCAUCUGGCUUCAACCCAACAAAAUUCAUUAACCUGGGAUGAAUGGGGUUGGCCUGUUGGUAAUUUGGAGGCUGUUCUGUGAUCUAAAACAACUCUUAUUAAAUUGUAUUUACUGCCUAAACAACACUUGACAGGCUGUUGCACAGGGCUUCUAUAGAUCAGUGUGUCAGGAAUGGGAGGCCCCUUCCUGCCUGCCUUCCCAUAUUGGUCCCUUGACAUUGACAAAAGCACAGUGACUGUCAGCAGAUUCCUUUACUUUUGUUUGUGGGAUGUAGGAAUUGUUUUAAUGCAUUUUAAACAGUGUUUCUCAAAUAGGAUGGCUGGCUAAUAGACACUGAAUCACCCAGAGUGCUUAUCUUAAAAUUGCAGAUUUAGGGAGCCUGCCAAUUUAACAGUCUCAUCAGGUGAUUCUUUUCAACAGUAAUGUUUGACAAUUACUGGGUUAAAUUGUGGGAAAGGGUCCAGAUUUUAAAGGUGCUUUAAGGUUGCCCUCUGCCGAUACUGUUUGUCUUUCUACUGUUUCAUCCUCUAACCUCCCCCAACCCUCAAAUUAAAACUAGAACUAUAGAUCCACAUGAACACACGCCUGAGAUUUGGUCACUCACCUAUGUUUUGGGUGGAUUGCCUAGGAAAGAAAGUCAUAUGGCCAUUGAUAGUUCUCAUGUAAUUAGUUUUGCUCACCACUAGUACAGAUGACCCGUUUACACAUGGCUUCCCUCGGAAGCCCUCGUCGACAGUAGCUGGUGUGAAAGACGAGGUCAGUAGAGUUGGAAAAGCUUUAUAACCGGUGUGUCAUAUGCUUGCUAUUUAAAGCUGUGUGUUGGUUUUGUUUUUCUGCCACAUUCACUAGUUUUUUAAUAAAUAUUUUCCAAAAAUGGA